AUGGUUAAGGAAACUAAGUUCUACGACACCCUAGGGGUCUCCCCUACCGCUACCGAGGCUCAGCUCAAGACUGCCUACAAGAAGGGUGCUCUCCGAUACCACCCUGACAAGAACGCCGACAACCCCGAGGCCGCAGAGAAGUUCAAGGAACUUUCGCACGCCUAUGAGGCUCUUUCCGACCCCGAGAAGCGUCAGCUGUAUGACCAGCUCGGUGAGGAGGGCCUGGAGCACGGCGGCGGCGGCGGUGGCAUGAACGCCGAGGAUCUGUUCUCGCAAUUCUUCGGCGGCGGCGGCGGCGGUCCCUUCGGUGGAAUGUUCGGCGGUGGUAUGCGUGACACUGGCCCCAAGAAGGCCCGUACGAUCCACCACGUGCACAAGGUCAACCUGGAGGACAUCUACAAGGGCAAGGUCUCCAAGCUGGCCCUCCAGAAGUCUGUCAUCUGCGGUGGCUGUGAUGGCCGCGGUGGUAAGGAGGGUGCUGUCAAGGAGUGCGCGGGCUGCAAUGGCAGUGGUAUGAAGACCAUGAUGCGCCAGAUGGGUCCCAUGAUCCAGCGCUUCCAGACCGUCUGCCCUGACUGUAACGGUGAGGGUGAGAAUGUCCGUGACAAGGACCGCUGCAAGAAGUGUAAUGCCAAGAAGACCGUUGUCGAGCGCAAGGUGCUCCACGUCCACGUUGACAAGGGUGUGCGCGAUGGCCACAAGAUCGAGUUCCGCGGAGAGGGUGACCAGAUGCCCGGUGCUCUGCCUGGUGAUGUCGUUUUCGAGAUUGAGCAGAAGCCCCACCCCCGCUUCCAGCGCAAGAACGACGACCUCUUCUACCAGGCUGAGAUCGACCUGCUUACCGCUCUUGCCGGCGGUGCUAUCCACAUUGAGCACCUCGAUGACCGGUGGAUGACCGUCAACAUCGCCCCCGGCGAGGUUAUCGUUCCUGACGCCAUCAAGGUCAUCCACGGCCAGGGUAUGCCCUCGUUCCGCCACCACGACCACGGCAACCUCUACAUCAAGUUCGAUGUCAAGUUCCCCGAGAAGGACCAGCUCCAGAACCUGGACCUCCUCGAGAAGGUUCUUCCUCCCCGCAUCUCCCAGCACACUCCUCCCACCGACGCCAUGGUUGAGGACUUCGAGCUCGAGGACCCCGAGAACGAGACCGACCAGGCCCGUGCCCACGGCGCCGCCGGAGCCGGUAUGGAUGACGAUGACGAUGAUGUGCCUGCUGGUGCCGAGCGUGUGCAGUGUGCCUCGCAGUAA